CCUGAUCUGAUCGACCCUGAAAGCCAGCAAGCUUACCGGAUUUUGGAUAGAAAAGGAAAAAUCUUUAAAUAGACGCGCGACCGCGGAACAGCGUUGGAUUUUACCGCAAUCAUGGCUACCAACGGAAACUAUUCUGAGGAUGAGUCUCCUCCCGGCUCCCCCGCCCUGGAACCCACCAACCAGCAGGACAUUGAGAACGAGAACUUUGAGGAGUCUCUGGACAAGCCCAAGUCCGCUUUGAAGAAGAGCAGCAAGCCUGCUCCCGUCCCGGCCCCGCCCCGGCCGGAGCUUCCUCCUCAGCCCAACCCUGAGGAUCUUGAUGUGUCGACUCUCACCCCGCUUUCCCCCGAAAUCAUCGCCCGCCAGGCGACUAUCAAUAUUGGUACGAUAGGACACGUCGCACACGGAAAGUCGACGGUGGUCAAGGCAAUCUCAGGUGUUCAGACUGUUCGAUUCAAGAACGAAUUGGAACGAAACAUCACCAUUAAGCUGGGUUAUGCCAACGCAAAGGUCUACAAGUGUGACAACGAGGAGUGCCCUCGGCCGGGCUGCUUCCGCAGCUUCAAGAGUGACAAGGAGAUUGACCCUCCUUGCGAGCGCGAGGGCUGUGGCGGACGGUAUCGCCUUUUGCGACACGUCUCGUUCGUCGACUGCCCUGGUCACGAUAUUCUCAUGAGUACUAUGCUUUCGGGUGCUGCGGUCAUGGACGCCGCUCUGCUCUUGAUUGCCGGAAACGAAACCUGCCCUCAGCCUCAGACCUCGGAACACUUGGCUGCUAUUGAGAUCAUGAAGCUCAACCACAUCAUCAUUCUUCAGAACAAGGUCGACUUGAUGCGUGAGGAAGGUGCUGCGGACCACUACCAGUCCAUUCUCAAGUUCAUUCGUGGUACUGUCGCGGAUGGUUCCCCGAUUAUCCCCAUCUCGGCUCAGCUCAAGUACAACAUUGACGCCGUCAACGAGUACCUUGUGUCGAAGAUUCCUGUCCCGAUGCGCGACUUCACCGCGGCCCCUCACAUGAUUGUCAUUCGAUCUUUCGACGUCAACAAGCCCGGUGCCGAGAUUGAGGAACUCAAGGGUGGUGUUGCUGGUGGUAGUAUCUUGACUGGUGUGUUGAAGUUGGGCGAUGAGAUUGAAAUCCGCCCUGGUAUCGUCACCCGUGACGAUCAGGGCAAGAUUAAGUGCCGGCCCAUUUUCAGUCGUGUUGUGUCACUAUUUGCUGAGCACAACGACCUCAAGUUUGCUGUCCCCGGUGGUCUUAUCGGUGUUGGUACCCGCGUCGACCCCACACUCUGCCGUGCGGAUCGAUUAGUCGGUUUCGUUUUGGGUCUCAAGGGCCGUCUGCCGGCCAUCUACACUGAAAUUGAGGUCAACUACUUCUUGCUCCGACGCCUCCUUGGUGUCAAGACUGCCGAUGGCAAGCAGGCCAAGGUUGCCAAGCUCGCAAAGAACGAAGUUCUCAUGGUCAACAUUGGCAGUACUGCCACUGGUGCUAAGGUCAUUGGUGUCAAGGCCGAUGCCGCCAAGUUGAGCUUGACGAGCCCGGCCUGCACGGAGAUUGGUGAGAAGGUCGCGCUGAGUCGACGUAUCGAGAAGCACUGGCGAUUGAUUGGAUGGGCCAAUAUUGUUGCUGGAAACACUCUGGAGCCCAUUGUUUAAGUGGCUUGACAAGGUGAUUUAAAAUUUUCUGUAACGCGAAUAUUGGCGGCGAGAUCAAGGGACAUCAUAGAGGGAGCAAUGAGCUACUGCUGCUUACGACGGAGUUGGUGCUGCUGCUUUUGACGUGGGCGUGCAUGUGAAGGACGAGAUAGAGGAAGGCAACAUUGUGCGAGUGGAUGAUUACGAUACUCUGGAUGCCAAUGUCAGAUGGGGGGUUUGCAGCACCUUUGCUCUUUGGCAGGGGCCCGCGCUGGUGAGCAGCAGGCGCGUCGUACAUAGGUGCGCGGGUCAUGCAGGCAAUGAGCAUUAUUGAAGGCGUGCAAAUACUUUGCGUCUUUGCUUCUUUGAUUCCCUUUUAUUUCUCAUCGAUUCUUUUUUUUCCCCUCCAUUUAAAGCAUAGACAAUAUUCAAUCAAAAGUCAUGACGUUG